AUGGAUAUAAGUGUCCCAGAAUCACAGGUGUAUGCGGACAUCACUGGGUUCAUCGAGCAACAGCAGCGCGAGCUGACUAACAUCAAUGAGUACCUAGAUGACUCCGAUGCCGUGCCCGUUGAAGUUCAGGAACUGGUGGAGUUAGGGUACAGGAACAAGCUGAGAAGCAAGACGCGGACCACUUCCACUGAUCUACUGGUGAAGAAUGUCUACGAGUUGGAGAACGAGUGGAAGUUACGCACGAUGACUGAGAUGAUGGACAUAAUCGGUGACAUACCGAAACAUUCCAUAGGCAGUGAAUUGAGAGAGAGCAUUGAGGAUCCAGCGGGACACUCACACAACGCAGCCAUUGACGACUUAAUCGAGGAUAUACUGAAGUUGCCACAGCUGCAACUGGCCGAUACCGCACAUGAGGAUGAUGAUAACGCGCAGUUACUCCGAGAGUACCGCAACCUCAAGAACGAUGUCAUCGAUAAGUGCAAUGAGAUUGUAGCGAGCAGACAAGAGCUGAGAGAUAUGGAUAUAAACUUGGAGCCAGUGCGGAGCUUGCUCAAAGCGAUCCCGCAUAGCUCGGAGGGGGACAUACGACAGUAUUUUAUAGACUACCAAGGGCAGCUGGAGAGCGUAGUCAAGGAACUUUCCUUGGUGGUUGAAGAGGCUUACAAGCAAUCGGAGAAUGAUCCGAUAAUGCGAGGUAAACUAGCAGAUAUAAUAAAUAAUAUGUAG